AUAGAUUUCUUCAAAACUUGAUUUUUUUAUUAAUUAAAAAACAAAUCCUCAUGAAAUGAGCUAUAAUGCUGCGCAUGGACACAGUUUUAAAAUACAGUUAAAAUGAAAAAAAACAACAACCAUUUUUAAUGAAAUAGUCAUGGAAAAUUGCUUACCGGUAUAAAGCUUUAAUUAAAGAUACUAAUACUAUAUUGCAAAAAUAAAUGUAGAUCAUGAAAUGAAUAGUUUUGUUUGAGAAAAUCACCAAAAUGGUGUCCAUUCCCUGUUUGAUGUCUUAUUCUCAAUUCACAUAAUACAGUGUUUUUAGAACACAUCAUGACUUGCAGUUGACCCCUAUUGAUUUUGAGGUCACUAGGUCAAAGGUCAAGGUCACGGUGACCCCAAAUAGUAAAAUGGUUUCCGGAUGAUAACUCAAGAACGCAUAUGCCUAGGAUCAUGAAACUUAAUGGGUAGAUUGAUAACGACUCGCAGAUGACCCCUAUUGAUUUUGAGGUCACUAGGUCAAAGGUCAAGGUUAUGGUGACCCGAAAUAGUAAAAUGGUUUUCGGAUGAUAACUCAAGGACGCAUAUGCCUAGGAUCAUGAAACGUCAUAGGUAGAUUGAUCAUGACUCGCAGAUGACCCCUAUUGAUUUUGAGGUCACAAGGUCAAAGGUCAAGGUCACGGUGACCCGAAAUAGUUAAAUGAUUUUCGGAUGAUAACUCAAGAACGCUUUUGCCUAGGAUCAUGACACUUUAUAGGUACAUUGAUCGUGACUCGCAGAUGACCCCUAUUGAUUUUCAGGUCACUAGGUCAAAGGUCAAGGUCACAGUGACAAAAAACGUAUUCACACAAUGGCUGCCACUACAACGGACAGCCCAUAUGGGGGGCAUGCAUGUUUUACAAACAACCCUUGUUUCAUUUACAUUUAUCGGAUUAUAUAUUUAACAUCCGAUUAAUGUAAAUGAAAUGAUUAUGAAAUUUUGUUCAAUGACAUGUGUUGCCAUGAAAGUUGGACUUUUACUUGUCUUUAGGCUCGAAGGCGCACAAGGAAUUACUGUUGGUCAUCGGAAGCAAGCGUCUUCUCUCUGACAUUCGCAUGCUGUCACCAGCUAAACAGACCUCGAUGCUGGAGGCUCAACACAAGGUGGUCUGCCAAUUUGCGCCAAAAUUUGUCUGCUUUUCAUACGCAGCAAUGAAACAGAGAUUGCAUCUGGCAGCCCUGCAUUCCGUUUCUAAUGCGCACAGGAAACAUGCAGAGAAGAUGAACGGCGAAAAGCGCUACAGGAUUUCGUAUCCAAAGUACAAGGCGGGACACCAUGUCGUGAAACCUGUCAAAGAGGCCUGCAAUUAUGAUUAUGUCACAGAGCUCAUGGUUGAAUUGCUGCAAUUAAAACAACAGUUCAAGAGCACCCGGAUUGCUAAGCAGGCAUCUUCUUCCAUUCUGUUCUCUCCACCACCAUUAGCAUCAUCUGCGAAGAAAAUUUUAAAGAAUGAAGCAGUGCAGUUGCACCGCUCUAGGUUUAAUUAAUUACAGUAAUUGGAAACAACUUGGCAUGCCAUUUGUCAUGUAUUGCUCCAGCUGGGUUUAGUGUACGUGCGUAAGGUGUCAUCCCAGAUUAGCCUGUGCCAUAAAUGUUUGUAAUUAAUUAAAAAAAUCCUCGCGCUGGAAAGAUGGGACAAAGCGUGCGCAAAAUAUCUCGUCCCAUAUUAGCCUGUGUCCCUGAUAAGACUGUGCAGACUCGACGUGAAAACAUGAUAUGCCCCAAGUUUUAUAUGACAAUGUCUACGAAUGUGCCCUUUUGACAAAUUAGAACCUAGCUGAAGCACUGAUCACGUAUUGUUUCAAAUUAACAUAGCAACUACAAUUAUUUUUUUGAAAAAUGUGAAUGUAUUAUUUUGACAAAUAUGCUGUAAUAAUAGUUUUCCCAUUGUGUGCUAUACUGUUAGUAUAAAAAUGUUAAUGUCAACACCUUUAUUUUUAAAUGUUGGGACCAUGUAGUGUUUUUUGUGUGAUAGUAUUGGUCUGUAAAAGAUGUUUUAGAAGUCAUUUUGUUAAAGGUACUUAAUAUGACUCCAUGACAAGUUGUAUUGCAACAUUGUGCUAGUAAAGCUCAUUUACUUAUUCCGUCCAGUUUUCUAAAACUUGUCGUCAGGUUACAAGUUGUUCUGUUGUUGUGUCUGUGGUAAUUUAUAUUUUUAGAUGUUGCAAUAAACUUGUAUGCUACAUA